AUGACUGAUCACAAAAUAGAGGAGAAGGAAAGAUCAAAGAGGAUACAAUUGGAAAUUGCAACUUUUAGAAAUAAGAAAGAAUUGGGAUUACACUCAAUAACUGAUAAAUUGAGUAUUAAAAUGUCAUUUCCAAGUAAAAAGGUUUAUGAUAGAUUGGCUGAAUCUCUGAAAUCUACUUUCCACAUAGAGCAUGAAGUUCUUCCAAAAGAUGAAGAACAAGAAAAGGACGAAUAUUUACAAGAUGAACCAAUAGAGAAAAAGGACAAUUCUAAGGCACCACCAGUUUUAUACUUUUCAUAUUAUGAUUAUGAUGAAAUUUUAAGAUUUUUCACUGAGGAACAUGAGGAUGUUUCUUUUGAACCUAUACCACCAUUCGUUUUUCAAGUUUUGGAUCACUACGAAAACCAAAUCAAAUCUUUUAAAAACAAAUCGAAGAAAUCACCUAAAGAUUACGACCUUUCACUGAGACUUCCAUCUAAUUUAUAUAAUAACAUUUUACCUUUUCAAAAAGAGGGCAUUGAGUAUGCCAUUUCAAGAGAUGGAAGAGUUAUGCUGUGUGACGAAAUGGGUCUGGGAAAGACACUACAGGCCUUGGGAAUUGCCUCUUUUUAUCCGAAAGAAUGGCCUAUGUUAAUUAUUGGACCUUGUAGUCUUCACAAUAACUGGAGAAGGGAGCUUAAUACAUGGAUAGAUGCUGAAUGGCUGAAAAAGCACAUGGGAAAGGAGUUUAAUUUUACUGGAGAUUCUUUAGAUCCUUAUAUUUGUAUUGUUGAUAGUUCACAAGGACUUGCCAAAGUGAUUGAAGAAACUAGGGAAAACCCAAAGAAAUAUCUUGUAUAUAUUAUCUCGUAUGAUUUGGCUUCAAAGAAUGCUGAAGAUGAAAAUUCUGAUGCUGUGAAAUGGUUACUAGAUUUUUCAAUUAUUAUCACAGAUGAAUCUCACAUGCUCAAGAAUGAUGGAUCUAAGAGAACCCAGAAUAUUAUUCCACUAUUGAGAAGCGCAAAGAGAUUAGUUCUCAUAUCAGGAACAGCAAGUCCUUCCAGACCAAUUGAGUUGUUCACACAAAUGAAGGCUCUUUUAUGUGGUCCAAAAUCUAAAAAGACAUUACUCAAAAAGACUGAAUUUGGAUAUAGAUAUUGUGAUCUCAAAACUAAUUUCUUUACGGGUGCAGACUAUAGAGGCAAUAGAUUCCUUUCAGAACUUAACUUGUUGCUUAGUCGUUCGAUAAUGAUUAGAAGACUGAAAAGAGAUGUCUUAACUCAAUUACCUCCAAAGAGACGUUAUUUGACAUAUUUGAGUCUUCCAGAUGAGGAUAUAGGUCCUCACAGAUUAACAUUUGAGAAUUUCAAUCAAAGAAAGGGUAAAAAUUUGAGGUUUGAUCCAAAUGAUAUUGAAAUUCUUCAAAAAUUCAAUUUGACUGCUAUUGCUAAGCAAAAAACUGUAGCAAGAUAUGCCAGAUAUACUUUCAAGAAAGGAGAAAAGUUUAUCAUUUUUGCUCAUCACAGAUCUGUAAUGAAUGCCAUCGAAGAAGAAAUUAAAAAAGAGAUUGAGGAGGUUGAAAAGAAUGAGGGAAAAAAACUAAAGUUUGUAAGAAUUGAUGGAGAAACUCCAGUUGAACAAAGACAUGCAAUCUCUCAAGAAUUUAGAGAGGAUCCAGAUGUUAAAGUUGCUAUUUUGAGUAUUGCAGUAGCAGGUAUGUAA